CCUCCUCCAGUAGCUGCCCUCACACCAACCUGAACGUUCGCGCUGUUAGGGUAAAGAGAGCACGGCACCCUCAUUGAUCAUGCAACCGGCUUUCUUCUCACUCAUCCUGAUUGCCGUCUAUGUGCCCGUACCGGUGGAUUGUACAAUGAGGCUCCGGGGCCCAGAGCACCAUCAGCAGAGCAGCUUCAACACGGGAGCAGACGCAGAUGCAGACGCAGAUGCAGACGCAGAUGCAUCCGCCGAUACGGGACGUUUCCACUUGGAGCAGAGUGGAUCAGUGAGAAAGGGCAUUCACAGACACUUUCUGGUUAUUUUACCAGUAAGAACAGAUACAAGCAACUUUGUGUCAAUAUUUGAUUUGAGAAGAAGACGGUUCCUCUGUGUGGACGUAAAGGGAGAGCAGUACAACUCUAAGCAGAGGGACAGAGAAGACUGUCUCUUCCAGCGCAUUUGGUUAGAUCUUGCGGACCACCACGACGUGUUCUACUCUAUGAGCGGGGGCCAGCUGCUCAAACUGAAGGGAGCCGAGCUGCGAGACGCUCACCAGGAGCCACCUGAACCCUCCUCAACCCUGUUGGAAAGGUUCCUGGGCCCCUUGGUAAAGAGACAGAGGAGGAGUGAGGCGGUGAACCCCUCUGAUCCAUUAAGGUCAGAGUCACAUCCCUCACAUUCUGCCAAGGAUCACAAGGGUGCGGAUCACGGGCAGCCAGAACAAGACCAAGCCGGCGCUGUAUCCAAAGAGACCAUCACCUCAUGUGACGACCCCCUGCGGGUCUUACAGCCCAACGGGCCCGUCAGUCCUCUCAAGACUAAUAUUGCAGACCGGGCACAACAAGACUAAAGAUACUGAACUUGGGUUUAAUAAGUGGAGAGUCAAGAGGGGCUGCAAGUCUUUAAGUUUGUUUUUCAAACUCACUUUAUGUUUGACUGCAUAGUGGGAGUAGAUACUGUACUUAUAGACACCUUGUCCUGCAUUGGUGGACUGCAGCGUCAGUGAGAGCCACAGAAUGAGCCACAAAGGGCUGGUAGAGUCAAACUGACACAGGAGGGUAGGUUUUCUUUUGUUUUGUUUUUUGAGGCCAACUUCUGAGAAAAGAGAUAACAUUUUAUAAAAUCCUUUUUUCUGAGUUUGUUUUUAUGGAACUAUUACACUCGCUAAUGUACUCAUAAACCGUGUUACAUCACAGCGGCUUGUACAGAUCUUCUGUUUGAACAGCCGACGAGGGAUAAGUUUGGCAACAUUCGCCAUGCUCUGCCCUGCUGUCCUUUAACCUCUUUUGUCAGUUAAAUUUUAAACCUUGAACCAGAUGUGGCAAUGUUUGUGUUGCAUAUGUAAAAAAAAAAUGUGUAAUCUGUUAGUAAUUAUGAAUAUUUAUGCAUAGAUUUGUUAAUACAGUAAUGCGUCAUAACAGGAGUUUAAAAAGUAAACAGAAAUCGACAGAAAUCUUUUGUUACUGAAAACUAUCAUCUGUACAUAAACAGGAUCAAAUUAUAUCAGGUGCUGGACACCAAUAGUCACAGCAAUGAAAAGGUAUUUAUUGAAAUGUGUUAAAUGACUUCCUUCCUAACCUAACUGUUUUAUUAUUUAUAUAUUUCACAUUAUUUCUGAUGUGGAUGAAUAAAUGGUAACUAUUUUGUUGAUUGUCUGUAUUGUAGCUGGAGUCCAUAAAGGGUGCAAAGUAAGAAUUCACAGAAAUGUUCUUCAUGAGAGGACAGUGUGACACAGAUGAAUAGGAACUGCACCUAUUAAUCCAACAACAGCUUCCAUGCAGGACUCUCUCUUUAGCCAUUGCUUCCAUGAUCAUUUAUUUAUCUACAGAUCAUCAAUGAAACAUUUCUAGAAAGUUGUUGCAUUCUGAAAUAAAGUAAGAACUGGGAAUGAA